UCAUAGGCAGUACCCGCCUAGCCGCACCUGGGAGAAGCUCGGGUUGGUCUCUGCUAGCAAAGCAGUAGGACGUUGGGUGGUGGCUGGAGAAGGAGGUCUGUGUGGCAGGCUGGGCAGCUAGCUGGGCAGCAGGAGGCGGUGCUUCCCCGCUGGGGCGGACUUGGGCUGUGAGUAGCUCCAGGCCGCCAGGGCAGACGCCUUCGUAGUGCUGGCACCCAUUUUGCCCGCCCGCUGAUGAGAGCCGGGCGCGGCCUACAUGCGUCACGGACAGCUCUUUGAGGCGACUUCGCCGCGAAUAAGGGCCUCUUUUGAAAGUCGGUCCUAAAACAGUUAAGGUUUUGUUUUAUUUUGUUUUAUUUCCAACUCACAGCCCUUGGACCACUUCCAGCUGCUGGCCUGAACCUCCUACCUUCAGUUCUAGUGACCUCGGCUCGGGCUGCCCCUUGGUUCGUCCUAGGCUCACAUCGCGAUCCCUGCUUGAGUGUCCCGGGGUGGGGGACCUGGAAGUUUUAGCCUAGCUGUGCUGGAGGCGGAAUAAUUAGUCCAAGAAACAUUUUAUUCAUGCUUAGGUGGAGAAAAGCAGGGCUAGAAUUGGAACCCAAAGCCCAGAAUGGCAAGAGAGGAUGUGGGGGCUCCACCCGAUCACCUCUGGGUUCACCAAGAAGGAAUCUACCGAGACGAAUAUCAGCGUACAUGGGUAGCUGUGGUGGAAGAGGAGACAAGUUUCCUAAAGGCUCGAGUCCAGCAAGUUCAGGUUCCUUUAGGUGACGCAACUAAGCCAAGUCACCUUCUUACUUCCCAACUACCUCUCAUGUGGCAACUCUACCCAGAGGAGCGCUACAUGGAUAACAACUCUCGCUUGUGGCAGAUUCAGCAUCAUUUAAUGGUCAGGGGAGUACAGGAACUACUCCUUAAACUUUUGCCUGAUGAUUAACCUGGUGCUGGAUUUCUAGGAAGAUACGCUCCUCUGUUCUAUUCAUUACAUGGCAAUCACUUCAUUUACCACUGCUGUGCUCCCACCCUUAGGCCUGGGGGGGAGUAGGGGGAGGAUUAGUUUGAAUAACUGCUCAAGAACAUAUGUUUAGGAAGUGCCAUGAAGAACAUUGCCAGUGACACUACAGAGAAAGGGUUACACAGGGCAGAAAUCAAGCCAACAAAAGCAUUUAGUCAGGAUAUGUAACUUUAAAUUGACUCCUUUGGGAACUGCCAUAGAACCUUUGAUGGACUUCAUCGACUGAACUUAGGAUCUGGUGAACCCCACAAAAAUCAGAACAUGCUGCAGAACAGAUGCCCUCAUCACCAAGGACUUGGUACUGAUUUAGAGAGAAGAGAGCAGCUUUUGCAGCAUCAACGUGUAUUUGUCGCUUAUUUCCCCUGCAGCAAAUUCACCUGCUUUUUCUUAUUCCAUCCUGUAAAUAUCUGAGGUUUUGUUCUAGUGUUUCCCAUCCCAGCACUGACUUAAUUUGGAUCUACUGAGAACUUAAGGAGUUCUGGGAGAAAAAGGUUAUUUGUAUUGAUGAAAUUAGCUACAAAGGCUUCUAUACCUUUCUUCUUUCUGAAACUGCAUCUUUGAAUUGUUUUUACAAGUUUCUCAUCAAAAUUUUGUGAAUCUAAAUUAUUUCUUUAACUAUAAUAUUUUAUAUAUUUGGCAUCCAUAUGAGCUCAAAAGAUAAUGUUAAUUUUAAUUGGCACCUUUCUCAAGAGGUAAUAGCAACUAACAUUGCUAAUUCCUGGGAAAGUGUUUAUACUACUUGUGAAGAAUUUCCUGGAUUAAAAUAUGACAGUUUAUGUACAUUGAAGUAAGCUUUUGCUUUUUAAAAUAAGUCUUGGGCCCAGACCAAUGAUGUAUGUCUAUAAUUCCAGCUAUUUGUAAGACUAAGGCAGAAAGAACACUUGGCCCCAGGAGUUUGAUGCCAGCCUAAAAAACAUAAUAAGAACUUGCUUAACAAAAAGCACUUGGGUAUAAUAGCCACUAUGUAUUGAGUUCUUAUUGCUUUCCAGUUACUGUUCUGUGUACUUUAUAUGUUUUAUUAUGUUUAGUCCUUCCAUCAGUUCUUUGAGGUACGUAUAAUUCCCAUUGGCAUGUAUAGUGAAAGAAAAGAAUCAUUCAAGGAGUUUAAUCAUUUACCACAGGGAUUCUUUUGUGAAUCAUAGAGCCAGGCAUUGAGCCAGACUUUUAAAACUGUGGUGUCAUUCCAACAUUGGUUUAUAAUAUUCAAGAUGACUAGACUGAAUUUUUUUCAUGAAAAUCUAUAUCUUCCAUAUUAAUGAGGUGGUGAUAUAAAAGUAUAGUUGAUUCAUCCUA